GCUUCAAACAGACAAACCACUAAUCAAUAUAUUUUAUCUGUAUCUAUAUAUAUAUACAUAAAAAUCCCAAAAUAUACUGUUCAAUCUUGGUCAACAUGAGUCUGAAAGUUGUGGUCUUGUGUUGCUUACUUGCAACUGGCUUUUCUGAUGAUGAGGUAAACAAUAAAGCUUUUCCGGGCGAUUUCCUUUUCGGAACAGCCACUGCUUCUUAUCAAGUUGAGGGUGCGUGGAAUGAAGACGGCAAAGGGGAGAACAUCUGGGACCACCUUACCCACACUCAGCCAGAUUUAGUUGAUGGGAAGGCUAAUGGUGAUAUCGCUUGCGACUCUUAUCACAAGUACAAGGAGGAUGUAGCCUUACUCAAAGACUUGGGUGCCAAUCAUUAUCGAUUCUCGUUAUCCUGGUCAAGAAUUCUUCCUAACGGUACUCCCGACAAACUUAACGUUGCCGGCGUAAAUUAUUACAAAAAUCUCAUUCAAGAACUGAAAAAUAAUGACAUAAUACCUUUGGUAACAAUCUAUCAUUGGGAUCUACCCCAGGUCCUACAAGAACAAGGAGGAUGGACUGAUGACUUCAUUGUAGAAGCUUUUGCUGACUACGCAAGAGUUUGCUUUGAACUUUUCGGAGAUGACGUCAAAUAUUGGCUGACCUUCAACGAACCCAAACAGACAUGUCUGCAGGGUUACGGAGACGGUUCCAUGGCACCAGCAAUAAAGGAGUCUGGUGUGAUGGACUACAAAUGCACCCACAAUGUCAUCCGGUCCCAUGCUAAGGCAUGGCAUAUUUAUGACCAAGAAUUUAGAUCCACACAGAAUGGAAGGAUCUCUAUCACCAUCGAUACUAACUGGUUUGAACCUGAUGAUGAUUCUGCUGAAAAUGAAGCUGCUGCUGAAACAAAACGUCAAUUUACUUUCGGUUGGUACGCAAACGCCAUAUUUAACGGUGACUAUCCAGAAGUCAUGAGGACCCGUAUAGCAAACAGAAGUGCGGCUGAAGGUCUUAGUGAAUCUCGUCUGCCUAAGUUCACCGAUGAAGAACUAUCAUACAUUCUCGGUACUCACGAUUACCUGGGUCUCAAUGUGUAUACUUCGUCCAUAAUCAAAGCAAUUCCAGAACCAGAAAUAGGAACUCCAAGCUACUACUCAGAUAUCGGAGUAGGAGAAUACGUACCAGACGAUUGGCCUGGUUCUGCUUCUUCUUGGUUGAAGGUAACACCAUGGGGAAUGAGAAAAUUACUAAACUGGGUGAAAACCACUUACAAUGAUCCAGAAAUUUUCAUUACUGAAAAUGGCGUCUCAGAAGACGGUUCAUCGUUGGAGGACGAAAUAAGGAUUAACUAUUAUAGGGAUUAUUUGAGCAAUGUCAGAGAUGCCAUGGAUGAUGGUGUCAAAGUAAUUGGCUACACAGCGUGGAGUUUGAUGGACAACUUUGAAUGGAUGCGUGGAUAUACAGAAAAGUUUGGCCUAUACUACGUCGAUUUCGAAAGUCAAAAUCGUACUAGAGUACCUAAGAGUUCCGUUGAAUUCUUCAAGAAGGUGAUCGCAACACGUUGCUUGGUGGAUACAUGUGAAGAAGCAUAAAGUGAUAUAUUAAUGUAUUGUUUGAAAUAAAAGACAAAUAUAAUUUA